GGCGGGGCGGCUGGCUGCCUGGCUGGCCGGGUCCCUCCUUCCUCCGCCCGCCCACGCCCCAUCCGGCCUCGGCGCGGGGACCCGUUGGCCGCCGCCUCCUUCGCGCGCCCGGCCGAGAGAAAGAAGGCAGGCAGGCAGCCCCCUCCGGAGAGCGAUGCCGCGCGCGCGGCGGAGGGCGACGUUGGCCAACCGGCCGCUCGGCUGAUGCGCCCCGGAGGGAGGGCCGCGCCGGGCCCGGCUCGACGCCGCCGGUCGUGAUCGAAGGGGCGGCCGCGCGGGAGACGCCGCCACCAUGAGGCUCCGCAUCUACAAGCGCAAAGUGCUAGCGCUGCUGCUCGCCCUGGCCGUCGCCGCGUGCGCCCUUGCGCUCUGGGGAGGCGCCGGAGAAGCCACCGGGGGAGGCAAGCGGGAGGACGAUCGGGCACCGCCACCACCGCCGCCGGGAGACCAGCCCGUGGUGCCGGCCGGCAGCAGCAGCAGCAGCCUUCCCGCCCGGGCCGGGCAGCGGCUCCCCAACGCAUCGUCUCCGGCUUGGCUCCCCGGGGAAGAAGCGGCCGCGUCGGCGCUGCUGGGCCCCAACCGGACGCUGCACUACCGCUCGCUGGUCUACCGGCUCAACUUCGACCAGCCCGUGCGCAACGAGGAGCGCUGGCGGGCGGCGACGUCGGAGGGCGGCGACGGCGCGGGCGCUUCCCCGGACGGCGUGGCGGUGGCGGUGGUGGUGCAGGUGCACGAGCGCGCCGAGCACCUCCGGCUGCUGCUGGCAUCUUUGCGCCGCGCGCCGGGCGCCGAGCGGGUGCUGCUGGUGCUCAGCCACGACGUGUGGUCGGCCGAGCUGAACGCGCUGGCCGCGUCGGUGGACUUUUGCGCCGUGCUGCAGGUCUUCUUCCCGUUCAGCCUGCAGCUGUACCCGGGCGAGUUCCCCGGCACGGACCCGCGGGACUGCGCGCGCGACGUGGGCCAGGCAGCGGCGCUGCGCCUGGGCUGCCUCAAUGCGCAGUACCCGGACGCCUUCGGCCACUACCGCGAGGCGGCCUUCGCGCAGACCAAGCACCACUGGUGGUGGAAGCUGCACUUCGUGUGGGAGCGAGUGCGCGCCCUGCGACGCCACCCGGGCCUCGUGCUCUUCCUGGAGGAGGACCACUACUUGGCGCCCGACUUCUACCACGUGCUGCAGCGCAUGUGGGCCGCGCGCCAGAGGGACUGCCCUGAGUGCCAGGUGCUGUCGCUGGGCACCUACGCGCCCGUGCGGGGACCCUUCUCCGGCCGCGCCGACAAGCUGGAGCUGAAAACCUGGAAGUCCACCGAGCACAACAUGGGCAUGGCCUUUGGGCGGGACACCUACGAGCAGUUGAUGGGCUGCGCCGAGGCCUUCUGCACCUACGACGACUACAACUGGGACUGGACUCUGCAGCACCUGACCGUCAGCUGCCUGCCGCGCUUCUGGAAGGUGCUGGUGCCCGAGAUCCCCAGGGUCUUCCACACGGGCGACUGCGGCAUGCACCACAAGAAGCAGUGCCAGCCCGCCGCCCAGAGUGCCAAAGUCGACGCGCUGCUCGAUGCCAACCGGCAGCACCUGUUCCCCGAGACCAUGGUGGUGGGCAAGAGGUACUCGCUGGCCCCGCUGAGCCCCCACGUCAAGAACGGCGGCUGGGGGGAUAUUCGGGACCACGAGCUCUGCAAAAGUUACCGCAGGUUGCAGUAAGCGGAGCCAGCCGUGGAUAGAGCCUCGUGUGGGAUCUAUUAUAGGCAUGAGCCUGAAACCAGGGGGUUAAAAUGUAUUGAUUGGUUUCUGCUUUAAUGUGGACAGUGGUUAUUACAGAGAGAGAUAGGGGGAAAAAGGUGGUGUUUCUGAGGCAGAAAGGUCCUGUAGUGGAAUGUUAAAAAUAAACAUGAAUGCUACUUG